UGGAUGCUCCUUUCUCAGUAGUCAUGGCUGGUGAGUAGAGUCAUAACCACCUCCUAGUAGUAGUGAAACGUACAUGGACGCGGAUACUUAAAAGCGAUUGUGUAAUGUUGAAAUUAUCGGGAUUCUAGGGGUUUGAACACUGCGCCAUUGAACAGAAGCCGGGCUGUUUGUUCAAAGAACGAAGCACGUCUCGAAGCCCGAGAAUACACCGUGCCAUACCGCAUUCACCUACGCCAAGUAUUUAUCUAUCCUAUAUGAAGCCAGCAGUUCAUGUCAUAGAAACUGCUUCAUUUCAGCUCUAUAGCUUAUCGCUGCAGCCCAUCGCGAAAAGCUCCAGCGGCUAGAUCACAUCCUCAUACUCUUUGCAUCAUUGUAAUGGCCGCUCAAAACAGCAACCAAAAUGGCUCUAAGCCAAAGUAUACUAGGAUCACGCAGCAACCGGAGAAUCCCUUCGCAUCUCUGAUCCCGGAGCAGCAGAUUGCCGUCAUACCUAGCUUCACACUUGAAUCAGGCGUUACGUUGCACAAUGUGCCAUUGGCCUACACAACGCGUGGGAAACUAUCUGCCAAUGCAGAUAAUGUCAUGGUGAUCUGCCACGCUCUGACUGGCUCGGCCGAUGUGAGCGACUGGUGGGGGCCACUUAUGGGCGGUCCUGGCCGUGUUUUUGACACGUCAAGAUUUUUCAUCGUGUGUAUGAACAGCCUCGGCAGUCCGUACGGCACUGCGAGCCCAGUCACCGCUAAAGAUGGAGAUCCGGAAAAAGGAAAUUACGGCCCUGAGUUUCCCCUGACCACCAUUCGUGAUGAUGUUAAUCUACAUAAACUACUUCUCGACGACUUAGGUGUGCGGCAGAUAGCCGCGGUUAUAGGUGGCUCUAUGGGAGGUAUGCUUGUUCUCGAAUGGGCAUACUUUGGCAAGGAUUACGUCAGGUGCAUUGUACCCAUCGCGACCUCAAGUCAACAUAGUGCAUGGGGGAUUAGCUGGGGUGAAGCUCAGCGUCAAAGCAUAUAUGCCGAUCCGAAAUAUGAGGAUGGAUACUAUUCAUUCUCAGACCCACCUGCCACUGGUUUAGGAGCUGCUCGAAUGGCAGCUCUUCUUACAUACCGAAGCCGGAACUCAUUCGAGGCUCGAUUUGGGCGAAACAUCCCGAACCCAGCCAGACGCCAAACAAUCCUUGAAACGCCGCCUCCAGCCACGCCAUCCGAGGCUCAUUUCCAGAUUCACAACGAUGGACAUAAAACAAAGAGGCUCUCAGCUAAUGCUAGCCGAACCAACACGCCCCAACCGUCUGAUUCGAACGGUACUGGUGUCCGGUCCUUAGAUCCACAGUUCUCAGGUCCCAAAACAGACAGCUUGACUGGAGGAGAUUCUCUCCCUUCUUCGACAUAUUUUUCAGCCCAGUCUUAUUUACGAUACCAAGGAGAGAAGUUUGUGAAACGUUUUGAUAGCAAUUGUUACAUUGCUAUCACGAGGAAGCUCGACACACAUGACGUUUCUCGGUAUAGGGCUGAGAGCAUAGGGGAAGCGCUAACCCUAAUUGAGCAGCCGACGCUGGUUCUGGGAAUUGAAAGCGAUGGGCUUUUCACCUUUGCCGAGCAAGAAGAACUGGCAAAGCAUAUCAAGAAUGCGAGGUUGGAGAAGAUAGAUAGCCAAGAAGGUCAUGAUGCGUUUCUGCUUCAAUUUGAGCAGGUCAACAGAUACACACUUGAGUUCUUGAACGAGCUGUUGCCAGACAUCACGAGCAAAGGCGGCGACCAUGUCGAGGCUGCAAGUGUUGGACAAAUCCUGAAGUCCAGCACUUUCGGGGAAGCAGAGGUUGAGGACAUAACUGCAUGGUAAUCUAUUAGGACACUAACACGGUUUCGACGCAUUAUAUGACGACAGAGAACUUCGGAUAAGCUCAGUGAUAGCAUAGCCUCCUAGGUAUCGAUAUUGCUGCUUGCUAAAGAGUGAAAGAAAAAGCCACAUUCAUCUCAACAUUGUACAUCGUAGCGCUUCUUGAUUAAUACCCUAGUAUAGUGAGGCUGUUUUGACUGGUUUGAUCCAUACUGCCGUAUAUUGUACUGUAUUGUCAAGUUACUUUUGCAGUUGUCCAAUGGAACGGUAUGUCUGGUUCUUCAGUUUCCAGAAGUUUUCCAAGAGUGCAUGCAUGCACAGAUGGCUAAAGCAAAUCAGGUGAGCGGGGCUUUCUCGGCUAACAUACUCAUAGAACCAAGUACCU